GCAACUAGUAUCAGACACGAGCCGAAAAAUCAGUCUCCAUGCCACAUUUUGACUGUAACAAGUGCAAGCAAAGUAGUAAGCUCCACCUCAGCUCCAGCUUAAAUAGAUCAUAAAACGCAAUAUAUUGUGCCAUUUCUCGACGCCGACGCCGUGGUCGGUCGCUACAUGCUCCACACCGAUUAAAACGCAAUGCCAUCUCUCGCCGUCGGUCGCUACAUGCUCCACACCGAUGUCCGCCUCGGUAGUGGCGGCUUUGGUGAGGUCCAUGCAGCCUCCAGACGUGAUGGCAUCGAGACCGAGGAAUUUGCUAUCAAUUAAGGGUUGAAUAUUUACAUUUGUUCACUUUUAGUUUUACAAGUCUUCUUUUGAAUGGCUCUGGUAUUUGGUAACCUGAAUUUGAUCCUAAGGGAAAACAAGAAGGGAACCCUUAGGAUCGAACUCAGGUUACCAAAUACCAGAGCCAUACAUCUUUACUUGAGAUAAUUGCUGCUAAAAAGUGAACAAAUGUUCGAACCUUCAAGUCAAGGUUGGCAAGCGAGGUCGCAAGAUGAAAGCAUCAACAGAUAACAACGAAUUGCAUAUAUUGCAAAGUAUCAAACAUCCAAACAUCGUGGAACUCGUUGAUCAUUUUGUGGCAGAUCAUGGCAGAUUACAUCUCGUGAUGCACCGUGCAAUGGGCGAUCUGCCGAUGAUGGUGAGGAAAAUCGAAGCACUGGUAGUAGGACAACUACAUAGGAACAAGCCUCAAGAACAUCAAGAUGAACAAGUUGAUGCAAGACAGCCAACUGCUACUUCAAAGUCCAAAACUACAGUCCAGCGAGAAAUAAAGAGCAAUGAUCAUAAGCGAAGAGGAACGUCGAAGAGGACGACAGUUAUGGAGGCUGACACACCAGGUGGAGCAUUUUCUUGGAUAAAAGAAAAAUUGGCGGACGAAGAGGAGAAGAAGGCGGCUCUAGCCGCGUCGGCAUCUGGAGAUUCUUCUCAAGAUCAGAACAGCUCCAAAGGCCCAUCCAUAGCAACGAGGAGUGGUGCCGCUAGUACGAGGAGCCUCUUCAUCACGGGACAAGCCGAAGAUAUUGAUAAACAGGUUGAUGAUACGACCACGACGGCAGCAGAUAAUUUUUUCACUGAGUAUGAUCAGUGGAAUUGUGCUUUGCAGAUCUGUCUGGGUCUUGAAUUCUUACACGGUAAGAACAUUCUGCAUUUAAGGCAUUCGUCCUCGUCGAAGGUCGUGAUUUAUACUUCACAGCUAGCGAAUGCACACAAGAAGCGACUUUUCCUUUAUGAAACUCUAUCAUGUGGUUCCUGAGGUUCUUUAGGAAUGCUUUGCUACUUUGGUCCACCGUAGAAAAUGAAACACGACUGAACCAUUUCUUUGAAAAAACUAGCCUUGUUCUCUAAUCUCUAGAGACCUGAAACCAGAAAACAUCCUAUUCUUUCCUGGCGCUGGCUCUGGACUCCAAGGAAAUGCAGCUUUCGUGUGGAAACUGGCUGAUUUUGGGAUCGGCAAGGAAGUGGCGAACCCUGACUAUGCGGAAACGCAUACAGUUUGUGGGACGCAUAUUUACAUCUACGGCUUGGCAUUUUUAGACUUCUGGAGGCUCUGGACUUCCUCGAUUUUUUAUAUUAGCAUUCUACUUGUAGAAUUUAAGAAUCGAUUACUUCACGACCUCUUUUUACUCUCAAAGGAGGAAUGAUCGAGAUCGACGAGUGCUUAUGACAAGAUGACGCAGAUCUCCACCUUCUGCUCUAAUUCCCGGCCCCAGAAGUCCUCCGCGGUGAGCGUUAUGCAGCAGCUGCAGACAUGUGGUCGCUUGGCGCAGUUUUACACUACGUUUUUACCGGCAAAGUCUUGUUCAAAACGCCGGCGCAAGUAUUGAUGUGGAAAGGACAUGGUGGAUUCUCUUCGAAGAACGCCUCCUCUAGUGCUGUAGGAGGAGGUAAAAGAGCUUGUAGCUCCAGUAUGAGUAUCAAACAUGAAGCCGUUUUUCCUGGUAGAAAUUGCCUUUUGCCAGAACCGUUGGAGAGAUCCCGUCUGAAGACCGUUUUUAGUGAUCUCGCGCUCUGGGAUCAGAGGGAGAACGAGUUAACAGAAUCCACCGAUAAACCUGUACAGGAGCAAGAAGUACGCAGUUUCCAAAGAAAACUCGUAGCGUCAGCACCCCCCGAAGUUCUCGAGGCUUAUUUCAGCUCUGUACCAGCUUCUCUCCGUUUUUGGUAUUCUGCAGCAGGCAACGAAACAACUUUGGAGACGAGGCCAGCUGCGCGAAACGCAGUUCUGCGAAAUCUGCCGACGAUCAUAGCAGGAUGCUGCAAGGAACUGAAACUUAGAGCGAGUGCUGGUAGUGCUGCAGGAGGUUUAGGCGGUAGUAGCUUUGGGAAGAUGAGCAACUUAUCCUCUGGUAACAAAUCAGCCACGAACUUCAAGCUUUUCCACCACAUGAACAGCGGAAUCGAAGGAAGUCCGUCUGAAGCAGAGAGUGACCAACUACACGAGGAACAAGGGGAUUACCGCGACCACACCAGAUUGACUCCUGAAGAGCACGAGACCACCAUUGUAGUUGACCAAGACGUCGAUGAAGAGGAGCAGGAUGCGAAUUUGUCCCAUGUGCUGCCGAUUCCACCUGUAGUCGAUCCUGGUGUGCUUUCGUCGGCUUCUACUCUGAAGAAGAGUACGUCAGCCAGUGGAAACAUGAGGAAGAUGAGGCAAAGAAGUGGCAGCGGAGGACGAAGAGGCAUAAGCGGAGGAACACCACGAAAGCUAUCUACUAGUACUUCGACUUUGACUAGAAGUACAUCCACGUCUCAAAUCGACGGCACUAGUACGACUUCUACGGGAGGAAGUUCUAUAUCGAAGCCUAACAUGUGCAUGGGUGGACCAACUACCACUCGUCCACAAGUUGCACGAGCCACAACUCCACCAGCACCGUCGCUCGGUGGAUCUUUUCCCUUCUUCCUGUUUCGAUUCUUGUGCAUCAACCGCAAAGAAAGUGACGCUAGUGUGCUACUCGAUUUCUCGGAGGAAAUCGACGAUUUAAAGUUGUCUCUUCCCGUCUACUCCGUAUCUUUCGGCCGAACAAGUACAGAACGGCUCUACGCAGGUUUGAGGGCCAAGAAGCCCAGGCUUUUGGCGCAAUAUUCGUUGGAUUGGCAGUUGGCGGAGCUUGGUGGCAUGUGCAAUCUGCAAAAAGUAGAGGUCUUUCAUGAAGCUGAAGAAGUUGGGGGAUGAUCAUUCUUGAUCCUGAAUCUUGGCAGCGAGCUGUAUGAUACAAGAACCAACAUCUUGUGAUGUGUUGAUAGAUUCAAAGUAGAAAGAGACUGGACAAUAAAACUUCCUCAAUGUCAAUGAUGAUACGGUGCAUUCUUGUACUUAGUCGAAAC